AACUAUCAAAGAAAAAUCACAUACUAAUGUUACUAAUGAAAAUAGCCUAAAAAGGGUGAUGCUACUGAAGAGGAAACGAAACUUGCUACUCAAGUUAAAGGAGAAAUCAUGCCAGUAAGACAUCAAGCACCAGCUAAAGCUAAGGCUCGUGUAAUUUCUGAAGAAGAAAAGAAAUUGUCAGCGUACACAAUUCUUCGGAAAGCUCGGGCUGAUGCUAGAUUAGUAGGAAUUCGUGCGAAACGAGUGAAAGAUGCAGCGGAAAAUCCAGAUGAGGUUGCUAAAGACAAAAAGCCUAAAAAG